AUGACUUCCUCCCGUGAAAGUUUGUCCAAAGAGGAACGAGUAGAGCGGUACCGCCUCGUUGUCGCCGCACACGAGAUUCUUUCGGAUCCCCAAAAGCGUGCGGCAUAUGAUGUAUACGGAAUCGGCUGGGGAGCGCCAUCUAACUGCUCUCAAUGGAGUGAUACAACGACAGCCCCAUUCACGAACAGACGUCGCACCUAUAGCUGGGAAUAUGGAGGCCACGCAUCAUCCGAGUUUGAUAUAUGGGGCUUUCUUUCUACGCAUAAAGAUAUCAUCCGCCUAGUGGCGGUGAUUUUCAUUUUUGGCGACGCUUGCCUCUUCCUGGUUACUUUGUCCAAGGCAAAGGUUGAAUUGGAACGGUUGGAUAUAGAGCUCAGGAAGCUUAUGCUUCAUCGUCAACAGCGGUCGCUUGAUGCACCCUCGAGAAUUUUACAGCUGGAGCGCUUCUUUCUAAGGAGAGAUCCCUCUGGGAUGGGCGUAUUUCCUGGAGAGGAGUCUUCUUACCGUGAGAUUCUUCCAUUGUGUAUGCAUUGA